ACCUGAGUUGAGCAGAUUUAGUGUGGUCUUCAUACAUACUACUUUAAAAUGAAGGUUCAUUAUUUGAUACUGGUCUCAUUGUUUCUCAGCAUAGACGCAAAGGACUCUAAGGUCGUUAAGGGUGUAAAGGAUGUUAAGAGUGUUAAGGGUGUAAAAGAUGUUAAGGAUGCAAAGAAAAUAAUUCCAGCGGAAUCUGCUUCAAAUCCGAUUUACGGAUCAGAGCAAAAGGGCAACUAUGGCAUUGGAGAAAACAAAGGAUAUAAAUCAAGGGAAAGGUACAGAAGUUCAGGUUUGCUAUCCCAAAAUUAUGGUAAUAACUAUGGGUAUGGCUACAAUAACGGUAGAAAUAAUUACGAAUAUGGAAAUAAUUAUGGAAAUGGCAAUAAUAAUUAUGAUUAUGGAAACAAUAAUGAAUAUGGAAAUAGUAACUACAGGUCUGGUAAUAACAAGAAUUAUGGAGACGAUUAUGGAUAUGGUCAGGAUAAUAUCGGAUAUGGCAUCAACAAAAAUGGAUACGGUGUAAGUGACUACGGGUACGGUGGUUAUAAUUAUGGAUAUGGCAAUAAUAAUUAUGGAUAUGGCAAUAAUAAUUAUGGAUAUGGCAAUAAUAAUUAUGGAUACGGCAUUAGAAGUAAUGAAUAUGGCCAUAAUAACUAUGGAAACAGCAAUAAAAAUAAUGGAUAUGGCAAUAAUAAUUAUGGAUAUGGAAAUAUUAAUUACGGAUAUGGCAACAAUGAUUACGGUUAUGACAACAACAAUUACGGAGACGAUGACUAUAAAAGGAAAUUGAGAGGACCAGAUGAGAUUGGUUAUUUUGCCAGAGACCCAGCAAGUAGACGUCUCUAUGGCAGACGAAAUUACCAAUAUAGAUUGAUCGGCAGGCAUGGACUAGGAUUUGACAAGCGGACCGUUAACGCCUACAGUUACGUGGCCCCUAUAACUCCUGAGCGGUUGGAAAUAAUUGGAAACCCUUACAGAAAUUAGAGAUGGAAUAGUUAAUGCAAGAAGAAAAACUUAGAUACCAAAAAUAAGUACAGGACAUCAAUCCUGUUCUAAUACUGCUUCGCCUUUUAAUAUUUUCAUUAAAUUAUGCUUUUAAUUGGUAUUACUCUUGUUAAAAGUAUCAAAAAGAGAUAUUUGAAAAUGAAACGUACCAAAGCACUGUUUAAAUUGAAAUAAAUAAAAAAAAUUAUUAUAAUUA